CCUGUCAUGUUGGCCGAGCUGCUCUUCCAGGCUGCCUGUGUGUCCCUGUUCCUCCCGGGCGCCCAGGGCAGGGUUUAUCCCGGGAGGAAGAAGCCGGCCAGCUUUGCCGUGGAGAGGCGCCGCGUGGGGCCCCACGUUUGCUUCUCGGGCUUGGGCAGCGGCUGUUGCCCCGGGUGGCUGCUGUCUCCGGGCAGCGGGCAGUGCACCCUGCCGCUUUGCUCCUUCGGCUGCGGCGGCGGCUUGUGCAUCGCUCCCAACCUCUGCUCCUGCCCGGAUGGGGAGCAGGGCAUCACCUGCCCAGAGGCGCCGGGGACGUGCGGGGAGUACGGCUGCGACCUCUCCUGCAACCACGGCGGGUGCCAGGAGGUGGCUCGUGUCUGUCCCCUCGGCUUCUCCAUGGUGGAGACGGGCACCGGCGUCCGCUGCACCGACAUCGACGAGUGCCUGAGCUCAGCCUGUGAAGGUCUCUGUGUCAACACCGAGGGCGGCUUCGUCUGCGAGUGCGGCCCCGGGAUGCAGCUCUCUGCCGACCGCCACAGCUGCCAGGAUACAGACGAGUGCCUGGCCACGCCGUGCCAGCACCGCUGCAAGAACAGCGUCGGCAGCUACCGCUGCUCCUGCCGGCCGGGCUACGAGCUGCACGGCAACCGGCACUCCUGCGUGGACGUGAACGAGUGCCGCUUGCCGGGCGGGCGCCGCUCCUGCCAGCACUCCUGCCACAACACCCCCGGCAGCUUCCUCUGCUCCUGCCGCCCCGGCUACCGCCUGGGCAGCGACAGGCUCUCCUGCGAAGGCUACCCCAAAUCCAUCCUGGCCCCGUCGCCCAUCCUGCAGUCCCUGCAGCACCCGCCCACCCUCCUCCUGCUCCCUCCCGGCUCUGGGGGAUCCCUCCUGCUCCCCAGGGGCUCCCCUUCUCCCCACCUCGCCCCUGCACCUCCCGGUACCCAACUCCCUCCCUCCUCUCCCUCCCUGCCCGUCGAGCCGCCCCCCGGCGCCUCCACCCCGCCGGCCCCUCGUUGCUGGUCCCGGGGGGUCCCCCGGGAGCCCGGCGCUCGCUGGACAGAGCCGGGGUGCCAGAGCUGCUCCUGCCAGGGGGGACGAGCCGUGUGCGAGGCCGUGAGCUGCCCCGUCCCCUGCUCCCACCCGCUGCCCGCCCCGGCCGGCGGCUGCUGCCCCAGCUGUGCAGGCUGCCUGCACGAGGGGGUGGCCAGGGCAGAGGGCGAUGUCUUCUCCCCAUUCGAUGGCAACUGCACUGUGUGUGUCUGCCUGGCUGGCAACAUCUCCUGCAUCUCCCCUGAGUGCCCCCCGGGCUCCUGCCUCAGCCCUUCACCAGCCGACUGCUGCUCCUGCCAGCCAGCCAAGUGUAGCUUUCAGGGCCGUUCCUAUGCCCACGGUGCCCGGUUCAGCCCCGACGGGGACGACUGCACCACCUGCAUCUGCAGGGGUGGUGAGGUGGAAUGCUCCUUCGCCCCCUGCCCUGCCCUCGACUGCCCGCAGCACCAGCGGCACCUGGGCCCGGGGCAGUGCUGCUUCAGCUGCAGAGAGCCCCCUGCCCCGGCUGGUUGCUUCGUGGAUGACAACGGGGUGGAGUUUCCCGUCGGACAGAUCUGGUCUCCGGGCGAUCCCUGUGAGUUAUGCAUCUGCCAGGCAGACGGCUCGGUGAGCUGCAAGCGCACGGACUGCGUGGAGACCUGUCCCUACCCCAUCCGCAUCCCCGGCCAGUGCUGCCCCGACUGCUCCGCAGGCUGCACCUACAUGGGGAGAAUCUUCUACAACAACGAGACCUUCCCCUCCAGCCUGGACCCGUGUCUCAGCUGCAUCUGCCUGCUGGGCUCGGUCGCCUGCUCGCCCGUGGACUGUGCCAUCUUCUGCACGUACCCCUUCCACCCCGAGGGCGAGUGCUGCCCGGUCUGUAACGAUUGCAACUACCAGGGCAGGAAGGUGGUGAACGGGCAAAGCUUCAGCCCCGAGGGACGACCCUGCACCCGCUGUACCUGCCGCCUGGGGGAGGUGAGCUGUGAGCAGAGGCUGUGUCCCCACUCCUGUGCAGAGCCCCCCGUGCUGCCCACCGCCUGCUGCCCACCCUGCCAAGCCACAGACAUCCAGCUCCUGCUGCAGAGCAACGGCCUGGCCCUGGCCCUGCCCCCAGCCCGGCAGGACUCAGCCCCCAGCAGCCCCCCAGCCCCAGCCCGGCCCCCCCGGCAGCGCCUGGCCCAGCUCCUGCUGCCCAGCACGGCCCCCCCCGGCCCUUCUCCAGGGAGGGUGCCCACUGAGGAGCCCCCUUUGAGCACCCCCAGCCCUUCUGAGUGCCCAUCAGCAGCUACUCUGCCCCCCGUCACCCCCUCUGGAGUCACAGCCCCCACAGGCUCCCCCAGCUCCAGCCCUGAGGCUCAGGGACCCCCCAGGGACACGGCCCCCCAGGCUCCCUAAGGGCCAGGUGCCUGCUGAGGUGUGAGCAGGAGGAUAAGGG